AGAUCUUUGCUGGGGAUGAACAGCGCAAUCUCAAUGGUAAACCCAAAGCUGUCUCACCACCCAACUAUAUGCUAUAGGCCUAUACAACCCUCCGACCUUGAGGUUUUAGAGCGAAUCCAUGGGGAUUUGUUUCCCAUACGGUAUGAGUCUGAGUUCUUCCAAAAUGUUGUCAAUGGACGUGAAAUUGUAUCAUGGGCUGCCGUUGACCGCAGUCGUCCAAAUGGUCAAACUGAUGAACUUAUUGGAUUUAUAACUGCACGAAUUGUUCUUGCAAAAGAAAGUGAGAUAACGGAUUUGCUAAGAUAUGACUCAUCAAAAUCAGAUCAAACUUUAGUGUACAUUUUGACUGUGGGAGUAGAAGAAGCCUAUAGAAAUUGCGGCAUAGCUUCUGCAUUAAUUCGGAAGGUCAUAAAAUAUGCAUUAAGUAUCCCAACUUGCCGGGCAGUUUACCUGCAUGUCAUAUCUUACAAUGAUCCUGCAAUCCACUUGUACAAGAAAAUGUCAUUCAAGUGUGUAAGGAGGUUGCAAGGUUUCUACUUAAUCAAUGGUCAGCACUAUGACUCGUACUUGUUUGUGUACUAUGUAAAUGGCGGUUGUUCUCCUUGCUCACCACUAGAGCUUGUUACUGCCAUGGUAAGUUCCAUGAAGAGUCUUCUUAAGACUGUGACUACAAAGCUAAUCAAGAAUGAAGAUAGGAAGGUCCCAAAAUGGCCGAAAUGCAAAGAAACCAAUUCUCUUAUAUUAGCAACCCAAAACAGAAGAAUUUCGACCGCUGAAUGUUCCGCAUACGAGUGUGUUUGAUUGUUUACUUCCAUAGAAAAGAUAUAUAACUCUCCCUCCUGCUUGCUAUCCUUUAUAUGUACUUACUCAGUACUCUUAAAUCCUUGAUGCGGUCUUGUUAUAAUAAACUCUUAACGUUCGCAAUUAGAGUUGUACCAAUGCAUAUGGAACUUUCCACAUUGAAUAAAUCCUUGAUGCGGUCUUGUCUCA